CUCAAAACUCUUCUCAGAUUAUUUUCUAGGGUUUCUUUCUUUUUCAGAGCUCGGUCUCUCUUAUCGUAUUUCCUCAUUCAAUCUUUAACUUUUAUUUGAUGAAUAAAUCUUUCACAUAAUCAAUUGUAUCAAUUCAAUCAAUCUUUGUAUUAUUUAUAUAAAUUAUGGAUGAAGUUGAUGGAGGUUACGGUGAAGGAGGAGGAGAUAGAAACCAAGUUAUUUCAGCUGUAGCAGAUGAAGCUUUCAUGGGUGAAGAAGAAGAUGAUGAUUAUGAAGAUCUUUAUAAUGAUGUUAAUGUAGGUGAAGGUUUUCAUCAGUCCCUUCAUCCUAAAAUCGAAGAUUCAGGGUUUAAACAGCAAGACGGGGUCAAAAUUGAACAACCCGUUUCAGAGUCUUCUUAUUCAGCUAAUAGGGUUUCUAUUCCUGGUAUUGUUGGUGGGUUACAAGUUAAGAUUGAAAAGGAUUUGGGGGGCGGUGUUGGUGGUGGUGGUUUAGAGUCUGGUGUUUCCGGGGCUCCUCCUCCUAGUUAUCAGAAUUUAGGGUUUAGGGAGAAUAAUGGGAUGGGUUCAAUUGGUGGUGGUGGUGGUGGUGGUGGGAUGCGAGUUUCGUUAGGUCAGAAUCACACAUCUGUGAAGAUGGAAGCAGCACCAGUUAAAAUGGAAGUAGACAACAACCAAAUGGUUCAGCAUAGUAUGCCGUCGCAAGGAUUAGUGCCAGUGCAACAACAACAACCUCAUGGAGUUGGUAUGAUGAAUGCUGGAAAUGAAGUUUAUAGGCAAGGGGGUCCGAUGGUGAAUGCUGUUAAUGGAGGAAACAUGAACGCUGUUGGAAAUGUCAAUGGUGGAACGAUUCUUUAUGUGGGUGAGCUGCAUUGGUGGACAACUGAUGCUGAGCUUGAAGCAGAACUUUGUAAGUAUGGGGUUGUCAAGGAGGUGAAAUUCUUUGAUGAGAAAGCCAGUGGUAAGUCGAAAGGGUAUUGCCAGGUUGAGUUCUUUGAUCCUGCUGCCACAGCAGCUUGUAAGGAAGGGAUGAACGGGCAUCUCUUUAAUGGAAAGCCAUGUGUUGUAGCUUUUGCUUCACCUUUCACUGUUAAGAAGAUGGGAGAGGCUCAGUUGAAUAAGAAUCAGAAUAUAGCCCAGAAUCAGGGAGCUGUUGUUCCAGGAAGACGAGGAGUUGCUGAUGCGGGAGCUGGAGCAGGUAGAGGCAACACCAUAUCCACUGGUGCAAACUACCAAGGCGUCGAAGGGAAUAGAGGUGGUUUCGGACGAGGUAAUUGGGGAGGAAGAGGUAAUAUUCAGGGAAGAGGACAAGUUGGGCCAAUAAGGAACAGAAUGGGUGGAAUGGGAGGUAGAGGUAUCAUGGGGAAUGGAGCUAAUGGGUUUGCGCCAACUCCACCAAUGAUGCAUCCUCAAGCAAUGAUGGGACAGGGAUUUGAUCCAUCGUUUAUGGGAAUGGGUGGUUUUGGAGGUUUCCCUCGUGGCCCUGCACAACCUUUUCCAGGAAUGAUGUCACCAUUUCCUCAAGUAGGUAAUGUAGGAUUACCUGGAGUGUCUCCUCACAUAAACCCUGCUUUCUUUAGAAAUAUGCCUGCUAAUGGGAUGGGAAUGAUGCCCACAGCUGGUGUUGAGGGUCCUGGCAUGGGAAUGUGGCAAGAUCCUAGUAUGGCUGCAUGGGGUGGUGAAGAACCUGCUGGCAGAGUGGGAGACUCUAGUUAUGGGGAGGAAGCUGCGUCUGAACAGUACGGGGAGGGGAGUCAUGAAAGAGCUGCUUGGCCAAAUACAAUGAAGGAGAAAGAAAGAGCUCCUGAGCGAGAUUGGUCUGGGGCUCCUCCUCCUGACAGAAGGUAUAGAGAUGAUAGAGAGCCACCAGCACCUGAGAGGGAAAUGCCAAGGGAAAAAGAUGUGGGUCAUGAUCAUGAUUGGCCAGAAAGGAGGCAUCGUGAUGAUAGAGAUAUGGGAAGAGAACGAGACAGGGAUCGGGAAAGAGACCGUGAAAGAGAGAGGGAAAGGGACCGUGAUAGGGGGGAUCGGUACAGAGAGGAGAAAGAGAGAUACGUGGAGCAUCAUAGAUAUAGAGAACGUGAUUUAGAGCACGAGGGUGAGUGGGACAGGGGAAGAGGAUCAAGUUCUCACAGCAAGUCACGGAUAUCACAUGAGGAGCAUAGGCGGUCGAGAUCAAGGGAUGCUGAUUAUGCGAAAAGGCGGAGGCUACCCUCAGAGUAACUAUAGUCAUUGAAGCUUCUUUAAGACUUUUAACUGAUUUGCAUUAGAAUCAUGAGUUAGGCGUGUUUUAGAAUUAUUUCGGUGUUUUUUUUUCUUCUUCUUUUGUUGAACCAAACUUCUAGUUCUGUUAUAUGGGAAAUGGUACUUUGUGUUUUUUGUUAUAUGGAACACCGGUUCCUUAUUUGUUGUUGGCGAACUCUCAUAUCAAUUGUUGGCAAACUCUCUUAUCUAUAUAGAUCAGUAAGUUUUAAUUUGGCUUCAUUGCCCUAGAUUUUUCA